AUGUCUGGAGAAGCAGAUCGGACGAGCAUAGAGGAGGAGAUGGACACGGGAAAGGAGACUGUGGAGAAGAACCUGAAGCUGAAAGAGCGAAAGGUAUCAUGGGCAAAACUACGCCGCGUAGAUUCUCUCAAUUUAGAAGCUGGAAGAGUUUCUAUGACUGCACACCACCCCACCAAGAUGGGUUGGAGGAUGACACUGAGCUUAGCAUUUCAAAGCAUAGGGAUUGUAUACGGUGAUAUUGGUACUUCUCCACUUUACGUAUACGCCAGCACCUUCCCCAAUAAAAUUAAAAACAACGAUGACAUCCUAGGCGUCCUGUCCCUUAUCAUCUACACCAUUGUGCUCAUACCCAUGCUUAAAUAUGUGUUCAUCGUAUUAUGGGCCAACGACAAUGGCAACGGUGGAGCAUUUGCACUCUAUUCGUUGAUAUGUAGGCAUAUAAAGGUGAGUUUGAUUCCAAAUCAACAACCAGAGGACAGGGAACUGUCAAACUACAAACUGGAAACCCCCUCUAGCCAGCUGAAAAGAGCCCAUAAACUGAAAGACAAACUUGAGGGUAGUCAUUUUGCGCGUAUUUUGCUUUUACUUCUCGCUAUAAUGGGAACUUCCAUGGUCAUUGGGGAUGGGAUUCUUACUCCCUCAAUUUCAGUCCUUUCUGCGGUAAGUGGGAUCAGCACAUCACUCCGUCAAGAAGCUAUUGUGGGGAUCACUAUAGCAAUCUUAAUCUUUCUCUUUUCUGUGCAACGAUUCGGCACUGACAAAGUGGGAUUCACUUUCGCACCAAUCAUUUUUACGUGGUUUGCAUUUAUCGCUGGCAUUGGUAUCUACAAUAUAUUCAAAUAUGACAUAGGAGUAUUACGUGCUUUUAAUCCAAAAUACAUAUAUGAUUACUUCAAACGAAAUGGUAAGCAAGGAUGGUUAUCGCUUGGUGGAGUCUUUUUAUGCAUAACAGGAUCUGAGGCCAUGUUUGCUGACUUGGGUCACUUCAAUGUACGAGCCAUUCAGAUUAGCUUCACUUGCAUUACAGGUCCUUCAAUAUUGGCUGCAUAUUGCGGGCAAGCAGCAUUUCUACGAAAGUUCCCCGAGAAAGUGGCUAAUACUUUUUAUGAAAGCAUACCGGACCCCUUAUAUUGGCCAACAUUUGUUGUGGCUGUUGCUGCUGCCAUUAUAGCCAGCCAGGCAAUGAUUUCAGGAGCGUUUUCCAUUAUAUCCCAGGCCCUAAGUUUGGGUUGUUUCCCAAGAGUCAAGGUUGUGCAUACUUCCACUAAGCACCAGGGUCAGGUGUAUAUUCCUGAGGUCAACUACAUGUUCAUGAUCGCAUGUAUUUUGGUCUGUGCUGCCUUCAAGACCACAGAGAAGAUGAGUCACGCAUAUGGGAUAGCAGUUGUUGGGGAUAUGAUGAUCACAACAAAUCUGGUUUCGCUUAUAAUGCUUGUUAUAUGGAAAAAGAACAUAUGGCGAGUGGCUCUAUUCUAUAUGGUGUUCGGUUUCACGGAGUUUAUUUAUUUCUCAUCUCAACUAACCAAGUUCACAGGAGGAGGGUAUUUUCCAAUUGUAACAGCUAUAUUCUUGACGACAGUGAUGGGAAUCUGGCAUUACGUGCACAAAGAAAGAUACAUGUUUGAACUGAAAAACAAGGUGUCUAAUGAGUAUUUGAGUGAACUCGCCAACAACACAGACGUAAGGAGAGUGCCCGGAAUAGGACUUCUGUAUUCUGAGCUAGUACAAGGAAUUCCUCCAAUAUUCCCACACUUAAUAGCCAGCGUACCAUCUAUCCAUUCAGUUGUUGUGUUUGUGUCCAUCAAGGCAAUUCCAGUUAGUAGAGUUGCAUCAGAGGAGAGGUUUUUGUUUCGGCAGGUGAAACCAAGGGAGUACAGAAUUUUUCGCUGUGUUGUGAGGCACGGUUACAACGAUGUGCUCGAGGAUCCUGUUGACUUUGAGUCACAGUUAAUACAAAACCUGAAGGCAUUCAUUCAACAGGAAAGCUUUAUGCUGGAGGUGGAGGGAACGGCUAAUGAACAAGGUAGGUCCACUACUACCAGUAAUAAUCCUUCCUCCAGAAUAAUUCCAAACCAGGCUGUGUCUCAAGCCUCAUCAGACUCCAUCCGAUCAUUGGGUGUGAGUGCCACCAAGUCAUCCACUUUCUCUUCCCCGCCCAUCCAGGGAACUGAAGAGGAAAUCAAAUUCAUAGACAAAGCAUUGGAGAAAGGUGUGGUGUAUAUGCUUGCUGAAGCAGAGGUGGUAGCUCACCCAAAUUCCUCCAUUUUGAAUAAGAUAGUUGUCAACUAUGCUUAUAACUUCUUGAGAAAGAACUUCAGACAAGGGCAGAAUUUGUUGUCAAUCCCACGCAACAGACUUCUCAAGGUUGGAAUGACAUAUGAAAUAUGA